AAGGACUGUAAUUAAUUCAGCAAACAAAAAUUAGAGUUAUUGAAUAUGCCACUGAGUAGAAUUGCAGUUGGAAUGCCUGGAGAAGCCAGUCAGCCUGAAGCUCUGAGAGCGGCGCUGGCCGAGUUCAUAUCAAUGCUCAUAUUUGUGUUUGCAGGGCAAGGAUCCGGGAUGGCUUUCAGUAAAAUCACUCAUGAUGGAUCAGCAACACCUGCGGGCUUAAUAUCGGCUUCAUUAGCUCAUGCAUUCGCACUCAUUGUAGCGGUUUGUGUUGGAGCGAAUAUCUCAGGUGGACAUGUGAAUCCUGCUGUUACAUUUGGUGCUUUAGUUGGAGGUCACAUUACGUUGUUGAGAGGAAUUUUGUAUUGGAUUGCGCAGUUACUGGGCUCUGUCGCUGCUUGUUUGCUUCUUAAGUUUGCUACGGGAGGAAUGGAAAUAGCAGCAUUCUCUCUAUCAGCAGGUGUUAGUUCAUCAAAUGCAGUGGUGUUCGAGAUUGUGAUGACAUUUGGUCUUGUUUACACUGUCUAUGCUACUGCUGUUGACCCAAAGAACGGAAAUUUAGGAACGAUUGCACCAAUUGCGAUUGGUUUCAUUGUGGGUGCUAACAUCCUAGUUAGUGGAGCCUUCGAAGGUGCAUCUAUGAACCCUGCGGUUUCAUUUGGUCCUGCUGUUGUUAGCUGGACAUGGACCAAUCAUUGGGUCUAUUGGUUAGGUCCAUUUAUCGGGGCAGCACUGGCUGCUAUUAUAUAUGACACUAUCUUCAUCGGCGAAAACAACCACGAACAACUUCCUACAACAGAUUACUAGAAAGUAGAACAUUUUGGGUUGGGAAUGCAUCUCUCUCUAUGCUUGGGUUGUUGUUAGAUAUGAGCUCUUUGUUUCUUUCAGUUUUCGAGUAGUUUUGGGUAGGAGUUUCUUUAUUAAUGCGGAUUUGAAUUCUAAAUUUUCAGUGAUUUGAUCAUGUACUAGAAUUAUUGGGAGAUCGACCACUUUUUUCUUGUAAUGCAGUUAUAUAAUGAUCGAGUAAUUCUCUCAACCAGUUUAGUUUAGUUUAGUAUCGAAUCUGUGCCUCAGAAAUUUGAAUCGAAAUUGUGAUUUCUGGUGCAUACACUUGAAACUAUCUUGCCACGUUCAUAAGAUGGGGUUCUUUGUUCAGUUGAUUGGAAAAUGUUGGAUUUUUCCAUUUACAGAGAGAGAUGUUAAGGGUAAAUAGAAAUGGAAUUUCGGCUCAUUGAA